AGGAAGAUGCUACUCAUCACACCGGUGAUGAUCUUAUGGAUGCAAUUUUCACAGGUGAAUGGACAACAGCUAAUGCAAAUUCCUCAGUUCCUGCAUAUACAGGAAGGAGAGGACUUCACCACAUACUGUAAUUUCUCAAUGACUUUAACCGUCGUACAGUGGUACAAGCAGAGACCUGAGGGAAGUCCCGUCCUCUUGAUGGUAUUAGCGAAGGGUGGAGAAGUAAAGAAGCAGAAAAGACUGACAGCUCGGUUUGGGGAAUCAAGAAAGGACAGCUCCCUGCACAUCACAGCCGCCCAGAUUGCAGAUGUGGGAACCUACUUUUGUGCAGUGUGGCACGGGGAUCCCCAAGCACCUGCUGCCUGUGCCCAAACCUUGCCUGGGGACUUCAGGGGGAGCUCUUCCUUCUCUCCCCUCAGAGCAGGAACCAAAGAAAGGAGAAAUUGCAACAUCUGCAAGGAUCUAGUGCUACUCGUCCCCAUGUGCAGUAGGAACGCACAUAGAAAUUCACUCUGGAAGACAUGGAAGAGUUUUGCAUUUUUACUUCAUAAAUCUCAACUGUUGGUUUUCUUCUACAUAGAUGUUUCAGAGAAUUCCAAUUGUCCCCAGAAGAAUCUGGAUUUUUGA